CCGAAGCAAGGAGGCUUUCGACUGAGGGCUAGCGAGGGGAGCGGGGCUGGAGCAGGGCUGAAGCAGGGCCGCGGACCCCGCAAGCUCCUGCGGGCCCCGCAGAGCCAUUGCGGCCGAGGCCUCGGCCGGCGCCAGCGGAGAGCUAGCCGCAUCUUCGGGGGCAGCCCGGCAGCUGCCGGCGGCGCGGUGAGAGAGCGGCUGACAGAGGGGAUGCGAGGUACCGGCAUUAGCCAUGGCCAAGUGGCCCUAAAGAGGGAGUAGAGGCCGGGCCUUCAGCGUUUCUCACUGGUUCGAGGAAGGCGGCCUCAGCGGAGAGGGAAGGUCCUCCAGUAGCCUGACCUGAGUGGGUUAGUGAUCCAGAGAAACCAGCAGGCCAACUUGGUCAGGAAGGUUCGGGAAGCUGUUGGAGCAGUGUGGGGAAUUUCCCACCAGGAUGAGUAUGAUUGGCUGUGAUUUUAGGCCCCUCCUAUUCAAGGUGUUCAAGGUUCUGUUGUAACCUUAGUAACCUAUAAUGAGUCUUCCUAAUUGUCAUCAGUAUCACCACUGUUAACACACUUGAGCAGCACCAUACGUGGCAGGUCAGCAAACAGCCUUGUGAUGGAACAGUAGGUCUUCUUCAGUCUUUUACUAUUAUACAUGGUCAUGCAGUAUGGAUUCUUGUGGUUAAAUAUUUGUGUACAUCUUUACGACUUUCUUUGGAUUAAUUCCUAGAAAUGGAAGUUAUCAGGAAACUGCAGGGCUAUGAUCGUAAAGCUGAAAAUUGAAAUCAUGAAAGUAGACAGGACUAAACUGAAGAAGACACCUACUGAGGCUCCUGCAGACUGCAGAGCCUUAAUAGACAAACUCAAAGUUUGUAAUGAUGAGCAACUUCUCUUGGAACUGCAGCAGAUCAAAACAUGGAACAUUGGAAAGUGCGAGUUAUAUCACUGGGUGGACCUGUUGGACCGCUUCGAUGGAAUACUGGCAGAUGCUGGACAAACAGUGGAGAAUAUGUCAUGGAUGCUCGUAUGUGAUAGGCCAGAAAGAGAGCAACUGAAAAUGCUUCUCUUGGCUGUGUUGAACUUCACAGCCUUGCUCAUUGAGUACAGCUUUUCCCGGCAUCUGUACAGUUCCAUAGAGCAUUUGACAACUUUAUUGGCUUCCUCUGAUAUGCAAGUGGUGCUGGCAGUCCUUAAUCUCCUAUAUGUAUUUAGCAAAAGAUCAAACUACAUCACUCGUCUGGGAUCUGACAAGAGGACCCCGCUGCUAACUCGGCUACAACAUUUGGCAGAGAGCUGGGGUGGAAAGGAGAAUGGCUUUGGACUUGCAGAAUGUUGCAGAGACUUGCAUAUGAUGAAAUAUCCACCCAGUGCAACUACACUACACUUUGAAUUCUAUGCAGAUCCUGGGGCCGAGGUCAAAAUUGAGAAAAGGACAACUAGUAACACACUACAUUAUAUUCACAUAGAGCAACUUGACAAGAUUUCAGAAAGCCCUUCUGAAAUCAUGGAAUCUCUUACCAAAAUGUACAGCAUUCCUAAGGAUAAGCAGAUGCUGUUAUUUACACACAUACGACUGGCCCAUGGUUUUUCUAAUCACAGGAAGCGAUUGCAGGCAGUUCAGGCCAGACUGCAUGCAAUAUCUAUAUUAGUGUAUUCCAAUGCCUUGCAGGAAUCAGCAAACAGUAUCUUGUAUAAUGGCUUGAUAGAGGAGUUGGUAGAUGUCCUUCAGAUAACGGAUAAGCAGCUUAUGGAGAUUAAAGCAGCUUCUUUACGAACAUUAACAUCAAUUGUCCACUUGGAGAGAACUCCCAAACUCAGCAGUAUUAUUGACUGUACUGGAACUGCCUCCUACCAUGGAUUUUUGCCAGUGCUUGUAAGGAACUGUAUCCAGGCCAUGAUUGAUCCUUCCAUGGAUCCAUACCCUCACCAGUUUGCCACUGCUCUCUUCUCUUUUUUAUACCAUCUGGCCAGCUACGAUGCUGGUGGCGAAGCCUUGGUCUCCUGUGGAAUGAUGGAAGCCUUAUUGAAGGUCAUAAAGUUUCUUGGCGAUGAACAGGACCAGAUAACAUUUGUCACCAGAGCCGUCAGAGUGGUUGACCUUAUCACCAACCUGGAUAUGGCAGCUUUUCAAUCCCAUAGUGGACUUUCUAUCUUCAUUUACAGACUUGAGCAUGAAGUAGAUUUGUGCCGAAAAGAAUGUCCAUUUGUGAUCAAGCCGAAGAUCCAGAGACCCAAUACUACACAAGAAGGAGAGGAAAUGGAAACUGAUAUGGAUGUUGCAGAUGUGGCUAUGGAAAGCAGUCCAGGCUCAUCCAUCUCUAUGGAGCACAGGCUGGAUGUUGAAUUAAGGGCAUCAGGUUCCAGCAGCAGCACUAACAUCUCUUCUGGCCCCAGCCCCGGUCCCAGUCCCGGCCCUGGCCCCGGCCCCGGCCCCGGCCCCGGCCCUGGCCCCGGCCCCGGCCCCGGUCCUGGUCCCGGCCCUGGCCCCGGCCCUGGCCCUGGCCCCCGUCCUGGAGUCCAGUGUAUUCCACAACGAGCAGCACUUCUGAAAUCCAUGUUGAAUUUCCUCAAGAAGGCCAUCCAAGACCCUGCUUUCUCAGAUGGCAUACGACAUGUGAUGGAUGGUUCUCUGCCUACCUCCCUGAAACACAUCAUCAGCAAUGCAGAGUACUAUGGCCCAUCACUCUUCCUCCUAGCUACUGAAGUGGUGACUGUGUUUGUAUUUCAAGAACCAUCACUGCUCUCCUCACUCCAGGACAAUGGAUUGACAGAUGUCAUGCUGCAUGCACUGCUUAUCAAAGAUGUUCCUGCUACCCGUGAAGUCCUUGGCUCCCUCCCAAAUGUAUUCAGUGCACUCUGCUUGAAUGCCCGAGGUCUUCAGUCUUUUGUUCAGUGUCAGCCUUUUGAACGCCUCUUCAAAGUUCUUCUGUCUCCAGAUUACCUCCCAGCCAUGCGGAGGAGGAGAAGUUCUGAUCCCCUUGGGGAUACUGCAUCCAACCUGGGGAGUGCUGUCGAUGAGCUCAUGAGACAUCAGCCCACCCUUAAAACAGAUGCAACGACUGCCAUCAUCAAGUUACUGGAAGAAAUCUGUAAUCUUGGAAGGGACCCCAAAUACAUCUGUCAGAAGCCAUCAAUCCAGAAGGCAGAUGGCACUGCCACUGCUCCUCCCCCAAGGUCUAAUCAUGCCGCAGAAGAAGCCUCUAGUGAGGAUGAGGAGGAAGAGGAAGUACAGGCCAUGCAGAGCUUUAAUUCUACCCAGCAAAAUGAAACUGAGCCUAAUCAGCAGGUUGUUGGUACAGAGGAACGUAUUCCUAUUCCCCUCAUGGAUUACAUCCUUAAUGUGAUGAAAUUUGUGGAAUCUAUUCUGAGCAACAAUACAACAGAUGACCACUGCCAGGAAUUUGUGAAUCAGAAAGGACUGUUGCCUUUGGUUACCAUUUUGGGUCUUCCCAAUCUGCCCAUUGACUUUCCCACAUCUGCUGCCUGUCAGGCUGUUGCAGGUGUCUGCAAAUCCAUAUUGACACUGUCACAUGAACCCAAAGUCCUUCAAGAGGGUCUCCUUCAGUUGGACUCCAUCCUCUCCUCCCUGGAGCCCUUACACCGCCCCAUUGAAUCCCCUGGGGGCUCAGUGUUGUUGCGAGAACUGGCUUGCGCAGGCAAUGUUGCUGAUGCUACCCUCUCAGCCCAGGCCACACCUCUGCUGCAUGCACUCACUGCUGCCCAUGCCUACAUCAUGAUGUUUGUUCAUACUUGCAGAGUUGGACAGAGUGAAAUUCGUUCCAUCUCCGUAAACCAGUGGGGCUCUCAAUUGGGUCUGAGUGUUUUGAGCAAGCUGAGCCAGUUAUACUGUUCCCUGGUGUGGGAAAGCACUGUCCUCCUCUCUCUGUGUACCCCAAACAGCCUACCAUCUGGGUGUGAAUUUGGCCAGGCAGAUAUGCAGAAACUGGUUCCAAAGGAUGAGAAGGCAGGUACGACCCAGGGCGGAAAAAGAUCAGAUGGGGAACAGGAUGGAGCAGCUGGAAGUAUGGAUGCUUCUACCCAGGGCUUAUUAGAAGGCAUUGGGCUAGAUGGUGACACAUUGGCUCCCAUGGAGACAGAUGAACCUACUGCUUCAGACUCUAAGGGCAAAUCUAAAAUCACACCAGCAAUGGCUGCCAGAAUUAAGCAAAUCAAGCCUUUGUUAUCAGCUUCCUCCAGAUUAGGCCGAGCACUUGCUGAGCUAUUUGGACUUCUUGUUAAACUUUGUGUGGGAUCUCCUGUCCGCCAGAGAAGGAGCCAUCAUGCUGCCAGCACCACUACAGCACCGACACCUGCCGCGCGAUCAACAGCCUCAGCUCUCACUAAGCUCUUGACUAAGGGGUUAUCUUGGCAGCCGCCACCAUAUACACCUACUCCCCGAUUCAGGCUGACAUUCUUCAUCUGUUCAGUUGGUUUCACAUCCCCAAUGCUGUUUGAUGAGAGGAAGUAUCCCUACCACCUCAUGCUGCAAAAGUUUCUCUGCUCCGGAGGCCACAAUGCUCUUUUUGAAACUUUCAACUGGGCUCUGUCCAUGGGAGGUAAAGUUCCUGUUUCUGAGGGAUUGGAACACUCGGACUUGCCUGAUGGCACAGGAGAAUUCCUAGAUGCCUGGCUGAUGCUGGUGGAGAAGAUGGUGAAUCCCACCACGGUGCUUGAAUCUCCACAUUCGCUGCCUGCCAAAUUGCCUGGAGGUGUCCAGAACUUUCCCCAAUUCAGUGCACUGCGUUUCCUUGUGGUAACUCAGAAAGCAGCCUUUACUUGCAUCAAAAACCUAUGGAACCGGAAACCCCUGAAGGUAUAUGGUGGACGAAUGGCUGAAUCCAUGCUGGCCAUUCUAUGCCACAUCCUCCGAGGAGAACCUGUGAUUCGAGAGAGACUAAGCAAGGAGAAGGAGGGGUCUCGAGGAGAAGAGGAUACAGGGCAAGAGGAAGGUGGCUCCCGCCGGGAACCUCAAGUCAACCAGCAACAACUGCAACAGCUCAUGGACAUGGGCUUCACAAGGGAACAUGCAAUGGAGGCACUGUUAAACACCAGCACCAUGGAGCAGGCCACAGAGUACCUUCUAACCCACCCUCCUCCAAUCAUGGGAGGAGUUGUUCGGGAUCUCAGCAUGUCUGAAGAGGACCAGAUGAUGAGAGCAAUUGCUAUGUCUCUGGGACAGGAUAUUCCAAUGGAUCAAAGGGCAGAGUCACCUGAGGAAGUUGCUUGCCGGAAGGAGGAAGAGGAACGGAAAGCUCGGGAAAAGCAAGAAGAGGAAGAGGCUAAAUGUUUAGAGAAGUUCCAGGAUGCUGACCCGUUGGAACAAGAUGAGCUUCACACUUUCACAGAUACUAUGUUGCCAGGCUGCUUCCACCUUCUUGAUGAACUGCCAGACACAGUAUACCGUGUGUGUGACCUGAUCAUGACAGCAAUCAAACGUAAUGGAGCAGAUUAUCGUGACAUGAUUCUGAAGCAAGUAGUCAAUCAGGUGUGGGAAGCUGCUGAUGUAUUGAUCAAAGCUGCUCUUCCCCUGACAACAAGUGACACAAAAACCGUGUCAGAGUGGAUAAGUCAGAUGGCCACACUGCCCCAGGCCUCCAAUUUGGCUACUAGAAUCUUGCUUUUAACGCUACUUUUUGAGGAGUUGAAGCUACCUUGUGCUUGGGUGGUUGAAUCGAGUGGCAUCCUUAAUGUCCUAAUCAAACUCUUGGAAGUGGUUCAGCCCUGCCUCCAGGCAGCCAAGGAGCAGAAGGAAGUCCAGACCCCAAAGUGGAUCACACCAGUGUUGCUCCUGAUUGAUUUCUAUGAAAAGACAGCCAUCUCCUCAAAAAGGAGAGCCCAGAUGACUAAGUACCUGCAAUCCAACAGCAACAACUGGCGCUGGUUUGAUGAUCGCUCUGGGCGUUGGUGUAGUUACAGUGCAAGCAACAAUAGCACUAUUGAUUCUGCCUGGAAAUCUGGGGAGACAAGCGUGCGGUUCACUGCAGGCCGAAGAAGAUACACGGUCCAAUUCACUACAAUGGUGCAGGUUAAUGAGGAAACAGGGAACCGACGCCCUGUGAUGCUGACUCUCCUCAGGGUACCUCGGCUGAAUAAAAAUUCAAAAAACAGCAAUGGACAGGAACUAGAGAAGACGCUGGAAGAAAGCAAAGAAAUGGAUAUCAAACGUAAAGAAAAUAAAGGCAAUGAUACCCCUUUGGCCCUAGAGAGUACAAACACUGAAAAGGAGACAAGCCUGGAGGAAACAAAAAUCGGGGAGAUCCUGAUCCAGGGCUUGACAGAAGAUAUGGUGACUGUUUUAAUCCGGGCCUGCGUGAGCAUGCUGGGAGUCCCUGUGGACCCAGAUACUUUGCAUGCCACCCUUCGUCUCUGUCUGAGGCUCACCCGGGACCACAAAUAUGCCAUGAUGUUUGCAGAACUGAAGAGUACCCGCAUGAUCUUGAAUUUGACCCAGAGCUCAGGCUUCAAUGGGUUUACUCCCCUGGUCACCCUUCUCUUAAGACACAUCAUUGAGGACCCCUGUACCCUUCGUCAUACCAUGGAAAAGGUUGUUCGCUCAGCAGCUACAAGUGGAGCUGGUAGCACUACCUCUGGUGUUGUGUCUGGCAGCCUCGGCUCUCGGGAGAUCAACUACAUCCUUCGUGUCCUUGGGCCAGCCGCAUGCCGCAAUCCAGACAUAUUCACAGAAGUGGCCAACUGCUGUAUCCGCAUCGCCCUUCCUGCCCCUCGAGGCUCAGGAACUGCUUCAGAUGAUGAAUUUGAGAAUCUUAGAAUUAAAGGCCCUAAUGCUGUACAGCUGGUGAAGACCACCCCUUUGAAGCCCUCACCUCUGCCUGUCAUCCCUGAUACUAUCAAGGAAGUGAUCUAUGAUAUGCUGAAUGCUCUGGCUGCAUACCAUGCUCCAGAGGAAGCAGAUAAAUCUGAUCCUAAACCUGGGGGUAUGACCCAAGAGGUUGGCCAGCUCCUGCAAGACAUGGGUGAUGAUGUAUACCAGCAGUACCGGUCACUUACGCGUCAGAGCAGUGACUUUGAUACGCAGUCAGGUUUUUCCAUUAACAGUCAGGUCUUUGCUGCAGAUGGUGCCUCCACUGAGACUUCCGCAUCUGGGACCUCCCAAGGAGAGGCUUCAACUCCAGAGGAGUCUCGAGAUGGGAAGAAAGAUAAAGAAGGGGACCGGGCCUCUGAGGAAGGCAAACAGAAAGGCAAGGGCAGCAAACCUUUAAUGCCUACCUCCACUAUCCUUCGUCUUCUGGCAGAGUUGGUGAGGUCCUAUGUUGGUAUUGCUACCCUGAUUGCCAACUACAGCUACACUGUGGGCCAGUCUGAACUGAUCAAAGAGGACUGCAGUGUGCUAGCUUUUGUUCUGGACCACUUGCUCCCACAUACCCAGAAUGCAGAAGACAAGGACACCCCUGCCCUCGCCCGCCUAUUCCUCGCAAGCCUGGCUGCUGCAGGGAGUGGCACAGAUGCCCAGGUGGCCCUAGUGAAUGAAGUAAAAGCAGCCCUGGGACGGGCACUGGCUAUGGCUGAGAGUACAGAGAAACAUGCCAGGCUUCAGGCAGUGAUGUGUAUCAUCAGUACUAUCAUGGAGUCCUGCCCCUCCACCUCCAGCUUCUACAGCAGUGCCACAGCGAAGACCCAGCACAAUGGCAUGAACAACAUCAUUCGGCUCUUCCUGAAGAAGGGACUGGUUAAUGACCUGGCCAGAGUACCUCACAGCUUAGACCUGUCCAGUCCCAACAUGGCCAACACAGUCAAUGCUGCUCUGAAGCCUUUGGAAACACUUUCCCGGAUUGUGAACCAGCCCAGUAGCCUUUUUGGCAGCAAGAGUGCUUCUAGCAAGAACAAGUCUGAGCAGGAUGCCCAAGGAGCCUCUCAAGAUUCCAGUAGCAACCAGCAGGACCCAGGCGAGCCUGGGGAAGCAGAAGUGCAGGAGGAGGAUCAUGAUGUCACUCAGACAGAGGUGGCAGAUGGGGAUAUCAUGGAUGGGGAGGCUGAAACCGACUCAGUGGUGAUUGCUGGGCAGCCUGAGGUGCUCAGUUCACAAGAGAUGCAGGUUGAGAAUGAGCUGGAGGACCUGAUAGAUGAGUUGCUUGAGAGGGAUGGCGGAUCUGGGAACAGUACAAUUAUAGUGAGCAGAAGUGGAGAGGAUGAAUCACAAGAGGACGUGCUGAUGGAUGAAGCUCCUUCCAACCUCAGCCAAGCUUCCACCUUGCAGGCCAACCGAGAAGAUUCCAUGAAUAUCCUGGACCCUGAGGAUGAGGAGGAGCACACUCAGGAAGAGGACAGCAGUGGCAGUAACGAGGAUGAGGAUGAUAGUCAGGAUGAAGAGGAGGAGGAGGAGGAAGAUGAGGAAGAUGAUCAGGAGGAUGAUGAAGGUGAAGAGGGAGAUGAAGACGAUGACGACGAUGGCUCUGAGAUGGAAUUGGAUGAGGAUUAUCCUGAUAUGAACGCUUCUCCCUUGGUCCGAUUUGAGCGCUUUGACCGGGAGGAUGAUCUCAUCAUUGAGUUUGACAACAUGUUCUCCAGUGCUACAGACAUCCCCCCAUCCCCAGGAAAUAUCCCUACCACCCAUCCACUGAUGGUGCGCCAUGCAGACCACAGUUCUCUGACACUGGGCAGUGGCUCUUCAACAACUCGUCUCACCCAGGGCAUCGGGCGCAGUCAGAGAACCCUAAGGCAGCUGACGGCCAAUACUGGCCACACCAUUCAUGUUCACUACCCUGGGAAUCGCCAGCCCAACCCUCCUCUUAUACUCCAGAGGUUGCUUGGUCCCUCAGCUGCUGCUGACAUCCUUCAGCUGAGCAGCAGCCUUCCCCUACAAAGCCGGGGUCGGGCCCGCCUCCUGGUAGGCAACGAUGACGUCCAUAUCAUCGCCCGUUCUGAUGAUGAGCUGCUGGAUGACUUUUUCCAUGAUCAGAGCACAGCUACCAGCCAAGCAGGAACCCUGUCCAGCAUCCCCACAGCCCUGACCCGCUGGACAGAAGAAUGCAAAGUUCUCGAUGCUGAGAGCAUGCAUGACUGUGUUUCAGUGGUUAAAGUGUCCAUUGUCAAUCACCUGGAAUUCCUGAGGGAUGAGGAGCUGGAAGAAAGGCGCGAGAAGCGCAGGAAACAACUGGCUGAGGAAGAAACAAAGAUAACUGAUAAAGGCAAAGAAGAUAAGGAGAACAGGGAUCAGAGUGCACAGUGUACUGCAUCUAAGACAAAUGACUCCACCGAACAGAAUCUCUCAGAUGGGACGCCUAUGCCUGACAGCUACCCAACAACCCCAUCUUCAACUGAUGCAGCUACAUCUGAGUCCAAGGAGACCCUUGGCACUCUGCAAUCCUCACAACAGCAACCAACACUCCCAACCCCACCAGCUUUGGGAGAGGUUCCUCAGGAGCUGCAGUCCCCAGCUGGAGAAGGGGGCAGCUCUACACAGCUAUUGAUGCCUGUAGAGCCAGAGGAAUUGGGUCCCACAAGGCCAAGUGGGGAAGCAGAAACAACUCAGAUGGAGUUAUCCCCCGCUCCCACUAUAACCUCUCUUUCCCCAGAGAGAGCUGAGGAUUCUGAUGCACUGACGGCUGUCAGCAGUCAGCUAGAAGGCUCUCCUAUGGAUACAAGCAGCCUAGCUUCCUGUACCCUAGAGGAGGCUGUGGGUGACACUUCAGCAGCUGGCAGUUCUGAGCAGCCCAGAGCAGGCAGCUCCACUCCUGGGGAUGCCCCACCAGCUGUGGCAGAAGUGCAAGGCAGGAGUGAUGGGUCAGGGGAAUCUGCCCAGCCACCUGAGGACAGCUCCCCACCUGCAUCCUCUGAGAGCUCUUCCACCAGAGAUUCUGCCGUGGCCAUUUCUGGAGCAGAUUCCCGAGGAAUCCUAGAAGAGCCGUUGCCUUCAACAAGCAGUGAAGAAGAAGAUCCCCUUGCAGGUAUCAGUCUCCCUGAAGGUGUGGACCCCUCUUUUCUGGCUGCCCUGCCUGAUGACAUCCGUCGGGAAGUUCUACAGAACCAGCUAGGCAUUCGUCCACCAACCCGGACUGCCCCCUCCACAAAUAGCUCAGCGCCUACAGUGGUGGGGAAUCCUGGUGUGACUGAAGUGAGCCCUGAGUUUCUGGCUGCCCUGCCUCCAGCCAUUCAGGAGGAAGUACUGGCACAGCAGAGAGCUGAGCAGCAGCGACGAGAACUGGCACAGAAUGCCAGCUCAGACACCCCUAUGGACCCUGUGACCUUCAUCCAGACUCUGCCCUCAGACCUGCGCCGUAGUGUCCUAGAGGAUAUGGAGGACAGCGUGUUAGCUGUGAUGCCACCUGACAUUGCAGCUGAGGCUCAAGCCUUGAGACGAGAGCAGGAAGCCCGGCAGCGACAGCUCAUGCAUGAGCGUCUGUUUGGACACAGUAGCACCUCCGCACUCUCUGCUAUUCUCCGAAGCCCGGCUUUUACCAGUCGCUUAAGUGGCAACCGUGGGGUCCAAUAUACUCGCCUUGCUGUGCAGAGAGGUGGCACCUUCCAGAUGGGGGGUAGCAGCAGCCAUAACAGGCCUUCUGGCAGUAAUGUAGAUACUCUCCUCCGCCUCCGAGGACGGCUCCUUCUGGACCACGAAGCCCUUUCUUGUCUCCUGGUCCUACUUUUUGUGGAUGAGCCAAAGCUCAAUACUAGCCGUCUACACCGAGUACUGAGAAAUCUCUGCUACCAUGCCCAGACCCGCCACUGGGUCAUCCGCAGUCUGCUGUCCAUCUUGCAGCGCAGCAGUGAGAGUGAGCUAUGCAUUGAAACACCCAAACUCACUACAAGUGAGGAAAAGGGCAAAAAGUCGAGCAAGAGCUGUGGGUCAAGUAGCCAUGAGAACCGUCCCCUGGACCUGCUACACAAGAUGGAGUCGAAGAGUUCCAACCAGCUUUCCUGGCUGUCAGUAUCCAUGGAUGCAGCCCUAGGCUGCAGGACUAAUAUAUUUCAGAUCCAGCGUUCAGGGGGGCGUAAACAUACCGAGAAGCAUGCAAGCGGUGGCUCCACCGUCCACAUCCAUCCCCAAGCUGCACCUGUUGUCUGCAGACACGUUUUGGAUACACUCAUUCAAUUGGCCAAGGUAUUUCCCAGCCACUUCACACAGCAGCGGACCAAAGAAACAAACUGUGAGAGUGAUCGGGAAAGGGGCAGUAAGGCCUGUAGCCCAUGCUCCUCACAGUCCUCCAGCAGUGGCAUUUGCACAGACUUCUGGGACUUAUUGGUAAAACUGGACAACAUGAAUGUCAGCCGGAAAGGCAAGAACUCCGUGAAGUCAGUGCCAGUGAGCGCUGGCGGUGAGGGGGAAACCUCUCCAUACAGCCUCGAGGCCUCUCCACUGGGGCAGCUCAUGAACAUGUUGUCACACCCAGUCAUCCGCCGGAGCUCUCUCUUAACUGAGAAACUCCUCAGACUCCUUUCUCUCAUCUCAAUUGCUCUCCCAGAAAAUAAGGUGUCAGAAGCACAGGCUAAUUCUGGCAGCGGUGCUUCCUCCACCACUACUGCCACCUCAACCACAUCUUCCACCACCACCACUGCCGCCUCCACCACGCCCACACCCCCUACUGCACCAACCCCUGUCACUUCUGCUCCAGCCCUGGUUGCUGCCACGGCUAUUUCCACCAUUGCCGUAGCUGCUUCGACCACAGUGACUACCCCCACGACUGCUACCACUACUGUUUCAAUUUCUGCCACUACUAAGGGCAGCAAAUCUCCAGCGAAGGUGGGUGAUGGGGGCAGCAGCAGUACAGACUUUAAGAUGGUGUCCUCUGGCCUCACCGAAAACCAGCUACAGCUCUCUGUAGAGGUGUUGACAUCCCACUCUUGUUCUGAGGAAGGCUUAGAGGAUGCAGCCAACGUACUACUGCAGCUCUCCCGGGGGGACUCUGGGACCCGGGACACUGUUCUCAAGCUGCUACUGAAUGGAGCCCGCCAUCUGGGUUAUACCCUUUGUAAACAAAUAGGUACCCUGCUGGCUGAGCUGCGGGAAUACAACCUCGAGCAGCAGCGGCGAGCCCAAUGUGAAACCCUCUCUCCUGAUGGCCUGCCUGAGGAGCAGCCACAGACCACCAAGCUGAAGGGCAAAAUGCAGAGCAGGUUUGACAUGGCUGAGAAUGUGGUAAUUGUGGCAUCUCAGAAGCGACCUUUGGGUGGCCGGGAGCUGCAGCUGCCUUCUAUGUCCAUGUUGACAUCCAAGACAUCUACCCAGAAGUUCUUCUUGAGGGUACUACAGGUCAUCAUCCAGCUCCGGGACGACACACGCCGGGCUAACAAGAAAGCCAAGCAGACAGGCAGGCUAGGUUCCUCCGGUUUAGGCUCAGCUAGCAGCAUCCAGGCAGCUGUUCGGCAGCUGGAGGCUGAGGCUGAUGCCAUUAUACAAAUGGUACGUGAGGGUCAAAGGGCGCGGAGACAGCAACAAGCAGCAACGUCGGAGUCUAGCCAGUCAGAGGCGUCUGUCCGGAGGGAGGAAUCACCCAUGGAUGUUGACCAGCCAUCUCCCAGCGCUCAAGAUACUCAAUCCAUUGCCUCCGAUGGAACCCCACAGGGGGAGAAGGAAAAGGAGGAAAGACCACCUGAGUUACCCCUGCUCAGCGAGCAGCUGAGCUUGGACGAGCUGUGGGACAUGCUUGGGGAGUGUCUAAAGGAACUAGAGGAAUCCCAUGACCAGCAUGCGGUGCUAGUGCUACAGCCUGCCGUCGAGGCCUUCUUUCUGGUCCAUGCCACAGAGCGAGAGAGCAAGCCUCCUGUCCGAGACACCCGUGAGAGCCAGCUGGCACACAUCAAGGACGAGCCUCCUCCACUCUCCCCUGCCCCCUUAACCCCAGCCACGCCUUCCUCCCUUGACCCAUUCUUCUCCCGGGAGCCCUCAUCUAUGCACAUCUCCUCAAGCCUGCCCCCUGACACACAGAAGUUCCUUCGCUUUGCAGAGACUCACCGCACUGUGUUAAACCAGAUCCUACGGCAGUCCACGACCCACCUUGCUGAUGGGCCUUUUGCUGUCCUGGUAGACUACAUUCGUGUCCUCGACUUUGAUGUCAAGCGCAAAUAUUUCCGCCAAGAGCUGGAGCGUUUAGAUGAGGGGCUCCGGAAAGAAGACAUGGCUGUGCAUGUCCGUCGUGACCAUGUGUUUGAAGACUCCUAUCGUGAGCUGCAUCGCAAAUCCCCCGAAGAAAUGAAGAAUCGAUUGUAUAUAGUAUUUGAAGGAGAAGAAGGGCAGGAUGCUGGCGGGCUCCUGCGGGAGUGGUAUAUGAUCAUCUCUCGAGAGAUGUUUAACCCUAUGUAUGCCUUGUUCCGUACCUCACCUGGUGAUCGAGUCACCUACACCAUCAAUCCAUCUUCCCACUGCAACCCCAACCACCUCAGCUACUUCAAGUUUGUCGGACGCAUUGUGGCCAAAGCUGUAUAUGACAACCGUCUUCUGGAGUGCUACUUUACUCGAUCCUUUUACAAACACAUCUUGGGCAAGUCAGUCAGAUAUACAGAUAUGGAGAGUGAAGAUUACCACUUCUACCAAGGUCUGGUUUAUCUGCUGGAAAAUGAUGUCUCCACACUAGGCUAUGACCUCACCUUCAGCACUGAGGUCCAAGAGUUUGGAGUUUGUGAAGUUCGUGACCUCAAACCCAAUGGGGCCAAUAUCUUGGUAACAGAGGAGAAUAAGAAGGAGUAUGUACACCUGGUAUGCCAGAUGAGAAUGACAGGAGCCAUCCGCAAGCAGUUGGCAGCUUUCUUAGAAGGCUUCUAUGAGAUCAUUCCAAAGCGCCUCAUUUCCAUCUUCACUGAGCAGGAGUUAGAGCUGCUUAUAUCAGGACUGCCCACCAUUGACAUUGAUGAUCUGAAAUCCAACACUGAAUACCACAAGUACCAGUCCAACUCUAUUCAGAUCCAGUGGUUCUGGAGAGCAUUGCGUUCUUUCGACCAAGCUGACCGUGCCAAGUUCCUCCAGUUUGUCACGGGUACUUCCAAGGUACCCCUGCAAGGUUUUGCUGCCCUCGAAGGCAUGAAUGGCAUUCAGAAGUUUCAGAUCCAUCGAGAUGACAGGUCCACAGAUCGCCUGCCUUCAGCUCACACAUGUUUUAAUCAGCUGGAUCUGCCUGCCUAUGAGAGCUUUGAGAAGCUCCGCCACAUGCUACUAUUGGCUAUCCAGGAGUGCUCUGAAGGCUUUGGGCUGGCCUAAUAAGGCCCUGCCCACCUCUGUGGGGUUUUUUUUUUACCAUGUUGGACCUGGGGAGGGGGGAGUUAAAAAAAGAACCAGAAAGAAAUUGUCAAAAACCAAUAAAUGAAAUCCACCAACUCACCGUGUGUGUCCCAGCUGCCCCAUCUUCCCCAGCGCAUACCUGUUCCUCUUGUCAUUCUCUUCCCGCCUCCUGUUUCCUCACCUUCUCUCCCCUUUCCAUGCCGUCCAUGAUCCCCACCCCAUGUGUUUUAAAAAGGCAGUAGCCUUUGCAGGGACCUGUCUGUCCCAACUGUUUGAACAGUGUGCUCCUCAGAUUCUGUGUUCAGAAGGAUUUGCUGCAUUGAGACUUGAAACCUUUGGAUAGGGGAAAAAAUUAUAUAUAUAUAUAUAUUUUUUUGUUCUGUUUGCAUUUCUUAAUUUGUGCUUGGAAUGUGUUGAUGUGCACAGCUAAUGAUUCAAUGCGAGACAAGAUUGGCGUCUGUGUUGUGGAGGUUUCAAAUAAAGAGCACUCUUCAUAACUCA